CCGAGGACGUAGGAAAUCUAUGAAGCGCCUGACGGCGCCAAAGUCAUGGAUGCUUGACAAAUUGAGUGGUGUCUUUGCUCCUCGACCUAGCACUGGCCCACACAAGUUGAGGGAAUGUCUUCCCAUGAUCGUUUUCCUGCGUAACAGAUUAAAGUAUGCCCUCACAUACGAUGAAGUGAAGAAGAUCGUUAACCAGAGGCUGAUCAAAGUUGAUGGGAAGGUGAGAACCGCCAAGGACUACCCAGCUGGUUUUAUGGAUGUCAUCACCAUUGAGAAGACAAAUGAGAACUUCAGACUUCUGUAUGAUGUAAAAGGACGAUUUACAGUUCAUCGUAUCAAGCCAGAGGAAGCCAAGUACAAACUCUGCCGAGUGAAGAGAGUGACUGUUGGAGCUAAGGGUGUGCCAAUGUUGACCACUCACGAUGCCAGGACUAUCCGCUACCCUGACCCUUUGACCAAGGUUAAUGACACUGUCAUGGUGGACAUUGCCACUGGCAAAAUGAAGGAGUUCAUCAAAUUUGAUUCUGGUAACUUGUGUAUGAUCACUGGAGGUCAUAACUUGGGCAGAGUUGGUAUAAUUCAGCACAGAGAGAGACAUCCAGGAUCUUUUGACAUUGUACACAUCAAGGAUGCUUUAGGACACACUUUUGCUACACGAUUGAGUUAUGUCUUCGUGAUUGGCAAAGGAAACAAGCCAUGGAUCUCCCUGCCCCGCGGUAAGGGUGUUAAGCUGUCCAUCGCUGAGGAGAGGGACAGGAGAAUGGCUGCCAAGAGCUCAUAAAGACACUAAAUUAUGACUGUGACAAAAUAAAACCAUUGCCCGGGAA